AUGCUGCGCGGGGCGCUCGCCGCUUUGGCUCUGGGCUGUGCGGCCGCCUGGUUCUGGAGUUGCGGGUUCGAUCCCCGGCGGUGGCUGUGGCAGGAUCGUGAUGCGGAGCCGGAGCCGGUGCUGAGCGCCGCCCAGCUAGCACGCUACACGGGGGCGGAGGAAAGCGCUGGGCUUUACCUGGCUGUGCUGGGACAGGUCUUUGAUGUGCAACAGGGACGCAGGCAUUAUGGGCCAGGGGGUGCUUACAGCUUCUUCUCAGGGAAGGAUGCCACCAGAGCUUUUGCGACAGGCGACUUCACCCCAGCCGGACUGGUGGAUGAUAUUUCGGGAUUAUCGCCCUCAGAAAUGCUAACCAUCCAGAACUGGCUUUCCUUCUACAAUAAGAACUAUGUGCAUAUUGGCAAAGUGGCCGGGCGAUUCUACCACCCGAACGGGGCACCUACGGAGACUCUGCAUCAGGCCCAAUCGCUCGUCAGAGAAGGGCGGCGGCUGCAGGCCCAGGAGCAGGAGCAAAAGAAGCAAUUUCCGCCUUGCAACACGGAAUGGAGCUCAACCAGAGGGAGCCGGGUCUGGUGUUCCAAGCAGAGCGGGGGAGUGACCAGAGACUGGACCGGUGUCCCCAGGAAGCUGUACGAGCCUGGAUCCAGCCGUAGCCAUUGUGUGUGUGUGAAGACGGAAGGGCUGCUCAGCGACAGGGGAGACUUGGACAACCCCAACCUGCAGGAGUACGAAGGCUGCCACCCACUCGCCGACUGGUGUGCUGUGAAAGAAUAAGCCGGCCUGAGCUCUCCUGCUUACGAGCACCUCUCUCCCCGACGCAUGCGCACACGGCAGAUUGAGACUUUACGAUUCGGCACGAUGUCUGAAAUUGCAAACCAUGAUUUGCGAUCAAGCAGCAAAGUAGAACCUGCAGCUGUGGUUCGAACUAGCUUUGCAAGCCAUGGUUUGGGGAGGCGUCUGAAUGGACAAACCAUGGUUUAUGCUGACGGUCCUGCUGCCGGGAAUCUGACGGUUGAGCAAUUAGGAAAGAAAAGCAGACAAGCAGGUCUAAACUGUUUGUUAGAACCCGAGUUAUGAUUUGAGCAUUCUCUUAAUUCUGCCUUCCUAGUUAGCAAAUUUAACUGCUCGUCUAACCCACAGUGCUUUCUCGUAACUAGAGAGCGACUAAAACUUUUGUAAACCGCCCAGAGAGCUUCGGCUGUGGGGCGGUAUAUAAAUGUAAUAAAUAAAGCUUGGGACCAGGAUACCCGAGAGAACACCUUCUUCCCUACCAACUGCCCAGUCACUGAGGUCAU